GCCAUUUAUUAUAAUAAGUUUGAUUUGGAUGACAACUAUUGUCAUUUGUUUAGUUAUUUGCUAUUUUAGUAAACGUGAAUAUGAGUUACCACAAGUCAAAGACAAGUGUAUAGAUCGACCAAAAUAUCAAUACCUGAUCACAAUGUCAUACGAAAAGAAGCGUCUGAUAACCCGAUUCUCGACACCGCCUAAAGUGCUGAUUAGAAACAGUUAUUAUGUGAGUUCGCAUACUAAAGGCAUUAGGUUUAUCCUAAACCGGGACCAACCUCUUAAUGAAGUCCAUUAUAUUCGUCUCAAUCACAACUCCUACAAUGCAAACGCAGGAAUUGGUAGGUUUGAGAUGAGAGACAUGAAAACAGCCGAUGGAUUAGAAGCUAAAGUAAAGUUAUUGAUAAAACCUAUAAAUGUUGUCGAUAUGAUUAAUAUGAACUAUCAAAUGUUACCAUUAAAUAAGUGCAAAGAAAAAGUCAAAAUUGCAAAUUUAUUGCCAGCACCUGAAAUGCGUUGGUUUGAGUUUAUGGUAUUUUUGUUGGGUGUAAUCAAUUUGAUCCCAUUCCUUAUGCAAUAUUUUCAUUUAAAUCUUGAAAAGCCCUAUACAUGUAUUGCAUGUUCAGAUAAGAGAUCACUAAAUAAUAUAUUAUUAUGUUUGUCAACGGGUUUAGUGAUAAAUACAAUUUCAUUGGCCAUAGCAUUGGUAUUGCUAUACAUUUACUACAAAAUGGCAAAGAAUUACAAUAAAAGAGUUAUCAACAGAACCUCAUGGCUUGCAAUCAGAUAUAUUUGGUUAUCAGUGAUUGUCAUGUUAUUGAUGACAAUGGCUAUCACAAUGUCAGCUCAAUCAUACCUAUCAGACAUUAUUGAGAAUACAAAAUAUUACACAAGAUGUCUGGUUUAUGUCUACUGUGAGACAAUGGCAAUCGGUAUACUAAUUGGUUUAUUAUUAUGUUAUACCCAUAAGUGUGUCGGUAGAAAAAAUAUAGAUCGAUAUUAUUCAGAAAAUUUUGUACACUUUUUAAGUCAAGAAAGCAAUCAUAUCACAGAUAUGUCGGAAAUAAUGGGCAGAGAAACCAAUAGUCUGUCGGAAAGUAUUAAUUCAAAGAAAACAACGGGACAGUCGACUAAUCAAUACAAUAGUAAUAAGAAAACCAUUAGUUCAAUAAAUGAAUCGUGUGGUGCCGUCAAUCUAGUCAAUCAACAACAUCAGCGCCGGGAGGAUAGUCAUACUGAACAACAGUUAUUCAGAGAUAGACAAACCAAUAUAAUCAAUAGAUAUCGACUCAAUAAAAACAAGAAAUAUUGGGCUAAUUAUAUGAGAAAUAAUGUUACAAAUGGUAAUAGAUUUGCUGUGAAAAAAUCAUCGCCAAUAAUAAAAAAGUUGGGUCUCUAUUAUCUAUUACUUGGCAGUGCUCUAUAUCCGUAUGGUUACGGUAAUGGAUAUGGCUAUGGGUAUGGUUACGGUGGCGUCAAUGGUGCUUAUGGUGGAGCACAGACAGCUCGCAGAAGGAGAGGUAGAAGAAGAGGUGUAGUUGGAGGCGUUGGACGAACCAUUCGCCGAUUAUUUGGCGGCCAAUUAGGUGGAGGUCGUAGACGCGGUAAAUAA